UCGCCAUCCCUCCAUCAAGAUCAGCUAGUUGCACGGCAGGAUGAGUGUUAUUUCUCAGAGAUGCAGCUGUCACUGCGGUGCGCGCCUCAGCGUCGGGAACGUCCGAUGCUAUGUCGCAUCCUCAUUCACUACCUGGGGAUGACUCGCUCCCCGACGCAUUCACAAGCUGGCGUAGGUGGGACUGGUCGACGGUCAAACCAGCGGAGUGGAACAGCGUUGAGAACGCCGGGCAUCUCGUGGAAAUCGACACGUCUGCCGACUCUGAUGAUGGGUAAUUUCAGCUCUCGGGACAAUGUAUGGCAUUAUGUUGCACCUCGGCAUUGUAUGUUGCAGAUUCGCCUGCAUGGCGGUCAGCUAACUUACUAUCAACAAGCAUAAUUCAAUGGAAAGACUUAUGAAACAGAUAGAAUACCGCCGGAUGUCAUCUCGACGCGUGUUCUUUAUCCUUUGCUCUAUCGAUGCCUGGCUCAUCUGAGUCCAAGUUCUGAAAUAGCUUUUCGCCGGUGAAACGUCCGGUUUUAGCCUCGCUUCCGCAGCACCGACGAACUCUUUGCUUUCGAUGAGCCUUGUACGCGCCUAACUUCAUCAGGCAGUCGCACUGAUAAUGGAUGAUGCGCUGACCCACC